AUGAGCAACACAUUUGCUAGCUUAUUACGUAAUUCGAGGCUCGCAUCUUAUGAUCGCACCAUCAGCCAAGUUUACACAACACCUUUGAAGCGCAAACAAAUUGGUGAUUGGGGAUUAAAGCGUAAUUUACCAACUGUUAUUCGCACUCGCUAUGCUACAAUCGAAGCUUUGGACACAGCAGAACACCAAACACCUUGGCAAUCAGGCAAUGGUAAAGUGUUGUUUGUAAAGCGAUGGAAGGAGAACUUCCCCGAGUCCAAGAGACCAGCACCUCGUUCUGAUAAACAAACCUACAACAUUGCCAAAAUGACCCCUGUUGACUUUAGACGAUUCCUACAACAAUGUGCCAAACGUGCGCCUGAAUUCCAGCAGUUGCUCAAGCAGAAGGAUCUGGUGCCUGAUCAAGUGUACGAAUAUUUGGAUAUUUCAUUUGCUGAAACAGAUAGCCUCGUGGGUCCUACUUAUUCUGAUUACACAUCUGAUGAGCCCUAUUCUGUCGAAGGCCGUAUUCUGAAUGCAGGACGUCAUGGCCAUGCAGUUGGUGUUGGUGGUGUAGUGGCUCACUUGCCCAAGCGUCAUUCAUUGGGAUUGCGUCAAUUGGGCGAUAGAAGAGUGCGUACAUUCUAUGUGGAGAGUGCUCACAUUGACGAUGAGGGCAAGCCAAAGGUGGUCCUCACCAUGACACCACCUGGAACAGCAAGCUUGCCAUUCAUGUUGGCAUUUGACGACGUCGUGGAUGAUCAGCACCAAACAAUGACUACUUCAGAAAUGUUCCUGACAAGAAAGCAAUCAAUAGGCAGAGUGAGAGAUGACCAAGAUCAAGCAAAGGCCAAUCCCAACCACGAUGAAUUAAUGAGUAGAAUCACUGGUUUAAUCAGCAACACUAAAUAG